AUGCUUGCUGUGGAUUUUGGACUGAAGUCACAGCAGGAGGCAGAGAUCAGGCAGAGGCUGAUCACAAUACUGGAUAGAGACUACAAAGCAGGCAAAACGGUCUCACUGCAACAAUUGCAUCAGGAGUGCGAAAACUUCUUAAGCCUCAAGAGAGACAGUGAAGUUGUCGCCGGAACUAUGAAACUAGUGGAAGCCACGUCCGUACAGAAGCGGAAGGAAAUAGAAUGUUGGAACUGUGAAGGCAACCAUCGUGCUAGUGGAUGCCAAGCAAAACCUUGGUUCUGCAAGAAGUGCAGGAAGGCAAACUCUUCCCGUGUGUACAUCGACGCUGUAGUGAACAACUACUCAGUCAAAUUUCUUCUCGAUACUGGAUCAGACAUCACGUUACUGAACGAGAAGAUUACCAAUAUAGUCGUGAAAAACGCAAGUGGAGAUACCAUGAAGAUAUAUGGAAAGCUUAAAUGCAAGAUUACCAUGAAAGGUGUCACUACUGAAGGAGACGCCUAUGUGACGCCGCACAACUCACUCUUGGGUCUCGAAUGGAUUCGAGCAAAUGAGAAUUUGAUGUACCACAUAGAAAUGAUGGCUGCUGAAGUGAAGGCCAACUGUAACCCCAGACGUGAAGAAGAGUUGAAGAAAACAUUCCCGGAUGUUUUCGAAGAAGGUGUAGGACGCUGCACCAAGGAAAAAGUCGAUACGUUGAAGAGAGGAUUUAGAAAUCUCAAAGGGGAAGAGAAACCGUCAGAAGACAAGUUCAAUGUUAUAUUGCAAGCACACCGAACCACCCCACACAGAUGUCUUGAGGACAGAACUGAAUCAUCGACAAGGUUGUACGCCGAAGAAAAUCGAAGGAAGAUGAAGCAACAAUACGAUAGGAGGAACGGUUCCAUUUCGAAGGAAUUCCAUAAGGGAGACGACGUGUACGCGCAGAUGUGGAAAGCCCCACACUCCACAUGGAAGCAAGGAGUUGUCGCAAAACGCCUUGGGAAGGUCAACUAUGAGGUCCCCGUGGAAGGAAGACUGAUGCGGAAACACGCAAACCAAUUACGACACAGCAAUACAGGGACAAGAAACCUGCUCAACCGUGUUACGAAUUUGGACGACAAUCGUCCUAAGAAGCAGCGAACGGCAGCGCUGCAUGACUUUGGACACCGCUCUACCGUGCUUCCAGAACCAUCACUGCGACGAUCUACUAGAAUACGAAGACCUGUGAAUACGUUAUGGCAUUGA